GAAUUACGUUUUCGUGCCGUUUCAUAUUCGUAUAAAAAACAUCAAUGAAGCAGAUUACUCUUUCGGUUAAAGUAAAUCAAAUUGACAAAAAAAUUAAAUAAUGCGUUUAUAAUAUAAUAUUAUAAUAAUAAAAAUAAUGUUUUCUCAACUACACUAAAUGUAUCCCAACUAUAAAUCACUGCAAUAUCGGACUAACCUUGAUUAAUAACAAGGCUUUGCUUUUUACAUAAUAUAUAGAAAAUGGUAAUUUAUACCACCUCCCAUAAAUUAUUUUAUGUUAAUAUUUUUUAUGCCUAAGUUAUUAUUGAACAGAAAAAAUUACUGACUAUUUGAAAAAUUAGGCAAACUCUGCAUUUAACAUAGACACUCACUGCCAAUUGGUCACGUACAAAGCAAACUUGACAGCAAUCUCUAAGACGGGAAAAAAUUCGUCAUACACAAAUCGCGAACGUGUUUUACUGUUACCCGCAUACGUUGAGCUUAUUAUAUGAAUAUUUCCACUCAUACGACACACGUUUGCGAUCGACGGAGCACAAACAAUACGAAGCAUACCUUGGAGUGUAACCAUUUCAAGCAAUGAUCGGUGUCGGUCGAAAGCAGGAGUACAUAUGUCGAUCCGUAUUUCAUAAAUCUUCGUAUUACGUCUAAUAACAUACGCGUUGUGUUAGUGUUAAAAUAAUUGUGUUAAACCCACUUUAAAUAAUAAUAAAUAAAUAAAUCACCUCAGUAUUAGUGUUUGUAAUGUCUCAAAUUCAAGUCGAAGCUUUUGCGGCAGAACAAAGGCCAACCAACAAGGAAACUCACUACCCCCUCUUUUGUUCCGUACGUUUGACCUACACAGUAUGCGCCUUCCUUGCCAUGAUUAUGCACUUAUGUAUGCGCAAUAUAUUCGAUUUUACCAUACUAUGCAUGGUGGAGACGGACGCUGAGGUAAAUGUGAAGGUCAGCGGUAAUGAAUCCACAAAUUUUGCGUACACAACUAUAAAUAAUUCGAAUUCGAAUGAAAAUUUGGGCAACAUUGCAUGGACACGUCAAGAGGAAUUUGCUAUACAAUCUACAUUUUACUAUGGUUACUUAGUUACUCUGCCAUUCGCCGGUCGAUUAGCUGACAGAUUCGGUGGUAAAUUAUUUUUUAUACACUCUGUGACAAUUCAGGCAGUUUUAUUCAUGUUAAUACCAACAUUCGCACACAUCACUUACCUAGGAACUUCCGUGAUACGUCUGCUGCAGGGAUUAGUAUCGGGUUUUGGCAAUCCAGCACUGUAUCAACUAUUUUCUACCUGGGCGCAUCGCAGGGAGCGUAGCUCGUUAUUAUCGUUCGCCUAUGGUGGUUACUCUGUUGGUAUUCUGAUUGCCUUUCCACUCUCAGCAUUACUUUGCCGUUACAAUUGGGAAUUAGUUUUUUAUACAGUUGGUUCCGUUGCUUUGGUUUUUGGUAUAUCUUGCCACUGGUUGGUUUAUAACACAUUGGAUGAGCACCCCCGAUUGUCAGAGGCCGAACGUGCUUAUUUGAAAUCCACAAACGAUGAAAAAUCGAAAUCAAACUGCAUUCCAUGGACGCAUAUUCUGAAAUCCGCGCCUGUUUAUGGCUUUAUCUUGACGCACAUCUUACAUAGUUAUGGCAUAAUAGUAUUUACAAUGAUGUUGCCGCGUUUCAUGAAAGAAGCUUUAGGCUUCACAUUAUCUAAAACGGGAAUAUAUGCUUCAAUGCCGUUUUUGGGUGGCAUUAUUGCGAAAAUCAUAAUUUUUCCAGCUUGCAGGUAUAUCGAAAAAAAGCCAAACUAUAAGCCAACACUCUAUGGAAAAAUAUUUUAUGUGUUAUGCAACAUCUUUACCAUCAAAUUUCUGAUUGUCGUUAUGUUAUUGAACGCCAACCAACGCAUACUUAUUAAUUUAUGCAUUCUGUUUGUGGGAAUCUUCUCUGACAUGGCAUUUUCUGCUGGCUAUUGGCCCAGUUUACUACAUCUAACCCCAUCGUAUGCCGGUUUACUCUCGGGAAUCGCGAAUGCCUUUUCAACAAUGGACGGUUUCUUUUCACCAAUAAUCAUUUCCGCUAUAGCUGUUCAGGGCACCAAGUCUGAAUGGAAUUAUGUGAUGUUUACACUGAUUAUAGCCUACUUGUUAGCCGCAAUGGUAUUUGGAGCACUUGGCAGCUCGAAAUUACGCUCGUGGAACAAUAUAAGUACAAAUGAAGAUGUUUAAGCUAUAGGUAUAUAAAAUUGUAAAUUUUAGAAAAUUGUGUUUUUUAAUUGUGAUAAUUUUUAACCAAUUUAGUUUUGUAAUUUGUAUAGAUUUUGUAAAAUAAGUGUUAAAAGUGGUAUUUAUAUAUUAAAAAAAACAGUCUAUAUCAUC